GCAGGGGUGGGGCUUGGCCAAGGGCAAAGGCAGGGCAAGACUUAAAAGGCCGCUGACCCCGGGGAGCUGAUGCCACCAGUGACCUCGGAGGCGCGGGCGUCCCACCCCAGGCAUCGGCGUCGGAGAGGGGGUCCCCAGGCCGGCCACCAUGUGCGAGCUGUACAGCAAGCAGGACACCCUGGCGCUGAGGAAGAAGCACAUCGGGCCGUCGUGCAAAGUCUUCUUUGCCGAGGACCCCCUCAAGAUCGUGCGCGCGCAGGGCCAGUACAUGUUUGAUGAGAACGGCGAGCAGUACCUGGACUGCAUCAACAACGUGGCCCACGUGGGACACUGCCACCCGGAAGUGGUGAAGGCGGCCCUGAGGCAGAUGGAGAUGCUCAACACCAACUCCCGCUUCCUCCACGACAACAUCGUGGAGUACGCCAAGCGCCUCUCGGCGACGCUGCCGGCCGAGCUCUCCAUCUGCUACUUUACGAAUUCCGGCUCUGAAGCCAAUGACCUAGCCUUACGCCUGGCUCGCCAGUUCAGAGGUCACCAAGAUGUCAUCACCCUUGACCACGCUUACCACGGUCACCUGACGUCUUUAAUUGAAAUUAGCCCAUAUAAAUUCCGGAAAGGCAAAGAUGCCAAGAAGGAAUUUGUGCACGUGGCGCCGACUCCCGAUACCUACCGAGGGAAGUACAGAGAAGACCACCCGGACCCCGCCAGUGCUUACGCAGAUGAAGUGAAGAAGAUCAUUGACGAGGCGCAGAAGGGCGGGAGGAAGAUCGCUGCCUUUAUUGCCGAGUCCAUGCAGAGCUGCGGUGGACAAGUCAUCCCGCCCACGGGCUACUUCCAGAAAGUGGCGGAGUAUGUUCGUGCCGCAGGGGGCGUGUUUAUAGCUGAUGAGGUUCAGGUGGGCUUCGGCCGAGUCGGAAAACACUUCUGGAGCUUCCAGAUGCACGGCGAGGACUUCGUCCCAGACAUCGUCACCUUGGGAAAACCAAUGGGCAACGGACACCCAAUGGCGUGCGUGGUAACAACCAAGGAAAUCGCCGAAGCCUUCUGCAGCUCUGGCAUGGAGUAUUUCAACACGUAUGGAGGAAAUCCAGUAUCUUCUGCUGUUGGCCUUGCGGUCCUGGAUAUCAUCGAAAAUGAAGACCUCCAGGGAAAUGCUACGAGAGUGGGAAACUACCUCCUAGAGCUGCUGAAUAAGCAGAAGGCGAAGCACCCCCUCAUAGGCGAUAUCAGGGGCUUCGGCCUCUUCGUUGGCAUCGACUUGGUGAAGGACCGUCAGGCGAGGACCCCCGCCACGGCCGAGGCCCAGCACGUCAUCUACAGGAUGAAGGAGGGCCGGGUGCUCAUCAGCGCCGACGGCCCGCACCGCAACGUGCUGAAGAUCAAGCCGCCCAUGUGCUUCACGCAGGACGACGCCACGUUCAUGGUGGACCAGCUGGACGCCAUCCUGACCGCGCUGGAAGAAACCCUCGGGGCCCAGGCUGGAAGCGUGAUCUCUGAGAACGCCGCCUCCAAGGCCAAGUUGCCCAGUGAAGAACUGCACGGUGACAGCACAAGGGACCCCAAGGACAACUCCGGCCGGAAGAGAAACGGGCUGUGUGCAGACAAACGCCCACUGGUCAGCAAAAGGCUCAAGACAUGAGGCGCCAGCGUUUCUGACGAGGCACGGGCCAGGCUGGCUGCCCGCUCGCGCUCUCCACUGAGACGGGCGAGUAGAAGCUGAAUGAGACGUAGGCAGGAAGCGGGUGAUGCUGAGGCGAUGCCGGUGUGAUUAGCUUAGUCUCCCCCCUAAUUCCUCAUGACACUUCUGAAUGUACGAAAUGAUCCCACUCGAUCUAAGCGUCACCGCGCGUGUUGAGUUGGCUCUUCCACUGCUCGUGUUUAAUGUUUAAAAUGAGAGAACAAAGUACAACCGUUCCCUGAACCCGGGAGAUCUGGGAGGCGCAGUGCCUUGAAAUGUGAACUCUAAUAAUUUAUAAGUAUAUUUAUAAGCUAUAAUAAAAUAAGAGAUGAGCCCGAAA